AAAUACACAGAAGACCCUUUCAGGACGAAUGCUUUCCUGAUUAUUAACAUAAUGUUGGAACUGACUAAAGUGCUCAUGGAAGAGGCUACAGAACAUGCUACAGUGCUCGUGGAUGAGAUUCUUCACAGCAUCUUCUUUUUGGGAAAGAUAAAUGAUCCACAGUAUCCCCCAGAAACUAUUGUGACUGAUGCUGAAAUGCUGGAUGGUUUAAAGAGCACCUGCCCUCGGCCUUUUGCCCACUAUUCCUCUCAACUGCCCAAGCGGAGUCCAUUCUCAUGUGUGCUAGACAUGAUUGUCCUCCUGACUGGACAAGAGAAUGAAGAGGAAAUAAAGGAGAAGGUGCGAGAGAUCACCAGUCAACUGUGUAGUAUGGGUAAAACAAAGCCUCUGAAACCUACCACCAUCUGUGUCUCUCAGUUUCAAAAUUCAGACAGGUACUAUGGUGUCUCCAUGUCCACUGAUGGGACUAACCCUGGUAAAAUCAUGGUUGCUGCGUCCUGUCUUAGCUACUGGGACAGUUAUGUGGCUGGUGCAGUGAUGACCUACGACCCAAAUAAUGACAAGAAACGAUGUUUUAAUGGUCCCAUCAAAACAACUUUUGAUGGAACCAUCAAACUGCCAGAUACUGUCAGGUUUAAGGCGUUUAACAUCCUUCAAGGUACACCCCUGUCUCCUUGCAGAUCAUGUAAGAAUAUGUUUUUUAAAACAGAUGAAAAAAAAGAGUGGGCCUACGGUACCUGUGCUGAAGUUGAAAGUCUGAGCAAAUUGUUUAAAAAUGUCAAAGAAGUUAGAGAGCAAGCAAGACUAACAAUGGAAAAUAACAUGGAUGAGAACAGGAAGAAGGCUGAAGAGAGUGUCAAGACAGAGCUUGGAAAUCUGCUUAAGAAGUGCAACUUUGAAUGGAGUUACUACAGCCCACAAUGAGAUUCAAGUUAACUGUCACAUGUAGAAGUACA